AUGGGUGCUCCUAAGCAGAAGUGGACUGCAGAAGAAGAGGCAGCUUUGAAAGCGGGAGUAGUCAAAUACGGGGCUGGAAAAUGGCGAACCAUACUUACAGACCCGGAUUUCAGCACCGUUUUGCGAAUGCGUUCAAAUGUAGAUCUCAAGGAUAAAUGGAGGAACAUAAAUGUGACGGCAAUAUGGGGAUCUAGGCAGAAGGCAAAACUUGCGCUUAAAAAGAACCUACCACCUCCCUUCAACCACGCAACCUCGAAUGCCAUUGUUCCGUAUAAUCAAGAAGUUGCUGCAGCUAAGCCUCUAACAGUUUCUGGUGGAACAUCUACUUCCAAAGAACAAAUACCAAGAUUGGACAACCUUAUAUUAGAGGCUAUUGUCAAGUUGAAGGAGCCAAAGGGUUCUGAUAUUUCCGCAAUUGCUGCUUUUAUAGAGGAUCAAUACCGGUCUCCGCCAAACCUUGUAAAGAUACUUUCAUCAAAACUGAAGCAUAUGGUCGCAAGUGGUAAAUUAAUUAAGGUAAAUCAGAAAUACAGGAUCGCAACAAAUUCUUCAAAAAUAUCUGAGAAAAGAAGAUGCUCUUCGUUGUUAGUCCUGGAAGGGAGGCCAAAAGAUUCUCCAAAAGCAGAAAUGGCUGAUGCCAACAUCCUUUCAAAAUCCCAAAUUGAUGUCGAGCUCUUAAAAAUGAAAGGUGUGACAGCUCAAGAGGUGGCAGCAGCAGCUGCAAAAGCAGUUGCAGAGGCGGAAGCUGCCAUUGCUGAGGCUGAGAAAGCAGCACGAGAGGCAGAGGCUGCAGAAGCCGAAGCAGAGGCUUCUCGAGUAUUUGCAAAAGCAGCACAGAAGGCACUAAAAUGCAGAAGACUUAAUAUUUGGUAA